AUGGUACUUCCUCCCUCACCUUUCAAUGCUUCUAAUUCUCUUUCUGACAUUACACUCUCGGGAAAUGAGUUCUCUUCUUCUUGGAUAUUUCCUUUGGUGUUUAACUUAAGCAGCAGCCUUAGUUCACUUGACCUCGGAUUCAACAAAUUACAAGGUGAGAUUCCAAUAUCCUUGAGGAAUAUGACUAGUUUAACUAAUUUAGAUUUGUCCUAUAACCAAUUCACUGGACAACUGCCUCAUCUACUGGGGAAUAUGACUAGUUUAACUUUUUUAGAUUUAUUCGGUAACCAAUUCACGGGGGAAGUGCCUCAUCUUGCAUUACCUUCCUCGUUGAGUUCCUUAGAUCUUUCUCACAAUAUGUUUACUGGUACCGUGACCCAAUGCAUAGGAAGCCUUUCCAAACUCGAAGAUGUGGAUAUUAGAUCAAACAACUUUGAAGACACAAUCACUGAAUCACAUUUCUUUAAUCUCUCCCAUUUACAAUGGUUGGACUUGUCUUACAACCAAGGUAUCUCGUUCAAUAUCAGUUCAGGAUGGAAUCCUCCUUUUCAACUGACAGAUGUAUUUUUAUCGGGUUGCAAAGUGGGUCCACAUUUCCCCACAUGGCUUAGAACACAAAAGAGAUUAGAGUAUCUUGAUAUCUCUAAUGCUGAAAUUUCAGACACCUUCCCCGAUUGGUUUUGGAAGCCAAGUCCAAAACUACGGACUUUAAAUGUAUCACAUAACAAUUUUCAUGGUGUCCUUCCUGAUUUGUCGUCAAAUUUCUCUCAUUUUGAUUCCAUAGAUCUGAGCUUUAAUCAUUUUAAUGGUUCAUUACCAAUUUUACCUCCGAAUGGAUCUGUGGUGGAUUUGUCGAGUAAUGAGUUUUCUGGGUCAAUUUCCAAUUUAUGCAAUGAAACUAGUUGCUAUUGGGAUUUUCUUGACCUCUCGAAUAACUUAUUGUCUGGACAGCUUCCAGAUUGUUUUGCAUACCUAGCAAAUUUGAAAUAUCUUAAUCUGGCGCAUAAUAAUUUCUCUGAAAAGAUCCCUUCACUAAAUAUCAGUUUAUCAUUGCACUUACAAAACAACAGUUUCACUGGAGAGAUUCCAACUCGUUGA